AAGGCUAAAGAGCGAAAAAGGCAAUAGAAGCAGGUGGAGGCUGAGGAAAGUUCAUCUCGCAAACCACACCAACCUGCCAAAAGGAACAUGGUAUGGGUGAGAAAGAGAAAAAGGAAACUGCAACCCAGACUUUAUUGGAGGGGGAAGACCAAUCUCCAGCCUCUCCAAAGGUGGCAUCUGUCAUUGUGGGUUCAGAUGGAGUGUUGAAAGCAACUUUUGAAGAACAGGAACAGUGUGGAAAUCCUGGAGGUGGAUCAAAAGAAGGUGGCACUAUUCAUUUUGGGCAAGUUUCAAUGACUUUGUCAUGUCUGGUAUUGACGCUAGCCUUGGUUUUCCAAGCUAAAAGUGAGGAGGAACCAAUUGUCUGUGAGUUCCUAGAACAGAUAAAAGAAGAAGCAAUUGUGGUUUCAGCCCAAGAUGAUGAAAAGGACUUGGCUGACAAAAUAGUGUUUGAAAAACCAGAAGAAAAGAUGGCUAGACACAUUAGGCCACACUAUAUCAACACUCACAUGGAUAGGACUCCAAUCAAUCGUGUCUUGGUGGAUAACGGAGCUGCAGUCAAUGUCUUGCCAACUUGCAUGCUUUAUAAAAUAGACAAGUCUCUUGAUGAUUUAGUGCAUAUCGAUGUUACAAUUUGUGAUUUUACAGGAGGGGUGAAUCGUUCAAGGGGCGUGCUGCCUGUUGAGUUAACAGUGGGAAAUAGGACACUAAUGUCUGUGUUUUUUGUGGUGGACACUGUUGCUACUUACAAUGCACUUUUGGGGCGUGACUAGAUCCAUUCAAGUUGGUGUGUCCCUUCUACACUUCACCAGAAGCUGAUUUUUUAGAAUGGUGGCAAGGCUGAGGUGGUGCCUGCAAAUGAUAAGCCUUUUUCAACCAAUACUCACCUGAUGGAGGCUAGAUAUUAUGAAAAAGACAUUGGUACCAUUCGAUUUUUUGGGAUGUAUAGACAUGGGAAGCUGAUUGGGAUAACAGCAUGCAGCAGACCGUUAGUGUCUAAGCGUGUGAUAGAGGAAGUUUGUGAUGAACUUCUUCAGCCAACAGCAAUAAUCCCUUAUAGGCCGA